UCAAUGUCUAAGCAUCUCUAAAUGUAGUGGCACAUACAUAGCAUACACAUCACAUAAGUGUUUCGUGGCAGGGAGGCCAUGUUGCAGGGUUGGUCAUGCCCCUCUGCUGCCCUUUGCCUGCCCCCAGCACCAUGUCCAUCAUCCUGGGCACCUGGAUGGAGCAGUCCUGGCAUGACUUCUGGGAACCUCCUGACUUUCCCAGCCUCCAGCUGGUGCUGGCUUAUGUGCAGCUGAGCAUGCCUGGCUCGGACCUGGAGCACCACGCCCACUUCCUCCUGGCCCAGCUGCAGGACAUGGAGCCCAACAAGGCUGAGCCUGAGGCUCUGUCACCACCUCCAGCACCAGGUGCCGCAGUGACUGCGGAGGAAGAGCCAGCUCCAGCAUCGGCCUGUGAGCAAGGGUCCCCUUC